GCCGCCCUGCAGCCCCCGCCGCGCCCCAGCUCCCCGCGGCUCUCGCAGCCCUGCUCCUGCUAGGUUUCAUUCCCCUUCACCAAUACUUCAAGGCACAGAGGAGUUGGUACAGGCAUUGCCAUGAAACCUAACUUGAAGCAAUGGAAACAACUAAUGCUGUUUGGGCUAUUUGCAUGGGGUCUCCUUUUCUUGGUGAUCUUCAUCUAUUUUACAGAUAGCAACACUGCUGAACCAGUUCCAAGUUCCUUCUCUUACAUUGAGACGAAGAGGCUCCUGCCCAUUCAGGGCAAGCAGAGAGUUAUUAUGGGAGCAAUACAUGAUCCAUCAUCCUCUGAAACCAUAGAUAGGAACGAGGUGCUUCUUAACGAAGAUCUCUUAGAUUCAUUUAAAUCGGGGACCGGAAGCAUUAAAAAGUGGAUUGAUCUAGAGGAUGGCUUUGAAAAUGAAGAAGAGUUUUUUCCUUCCCAGGUAGGGAGAAAAUCAAAAUAUGCUUUCUAUCAAGGGGAUGACAACUAUUUAUUUGCUGCUGGCCAGCCUCAGCAACACAGCAACAUUCAAGAGCUAGUGAAAUUCAUCUCUCCCAAUGAGGAUGAUCAGAAGGAAAAUGUUUUACAGGAAAAAUGGACCCAUGAGAAAAGAACAAAGAAAAGAAACCCAACACGCAGGAGAAGCCAGCUGUUUGAUGAGUCUGAUGAUUGGGAUGGGUUAUAUUCCACAAUGUCAAAAUCCUUCCUUUAUAGGCUUUGGAAAGGGGAUAUCUCCUCCAAGAUGCUGAACCCUCGCCUGCAGAAAGCUAUGAAAGACUAUCUGAACACCAACAAGCAUGGGGUGCGGUUCAAAGGGAAACGACGAAACUCCAGACUGACAGGAGAUCAGCUCAUCUGUGAGCUCAAGGACAGGGUGCAUGUGAAAACAAUAGAUGGCAAGGAGGACCCCUUUUCAGCUCUUGGAUGGGAAAAGCACGUUCCUCAAAUUCCACUGGGCAAACUGUAUCCACAUGGCUUCGGAAGCUGUGCCGUAGUUAUGUCUGCUGGUGCAAUACUGAACUCUUCUCUAGGGGAUGAAAUAGAUUCUCAUGAUGCAGUUCUGAGAUUUAAUUCUGCUCCUACACGUGGCUAUGAAAAAGAUGUUGGAAAUAAAACGACCAUGCGCAUCAUUAACUCCCAGAUUCUCACCAAUCCAAACCAUCACUUCAUUGACAGCUCAUUAUAUAAAGAUGUUAUUUUAGUGGCCUGGGAUCCUGCUCCUUACUCUGCAAAUCUGAAUGUGUGGUAUAAGAAGCCAGACUAUAACCUGUUCACACCUUACGUGCAGCAUCGCAGGAGGAAUCCAAACCAGCCAUUUUACAUUCUCCAUCCCAAGUUUAUAUGGCAGCUCUGGGACAUCAUUCAGGAGAACACUAAAGAGAAGAUACAGCCCAACCCACCUUCAUCAGGUUUCAUUGGGAUCCUCAUCAUGAUGUCCAUGUGUAACGAAGUGCACGUGUAUGAAUACAUCCCUUCAGUCCGACAAACCGAUCUUUGUCACUACCAUGAACUAUACUAUGAUGCAGCUUGUACCUUAGGGGCUUACCAUCCACUACUGUAUGAGAAACUGCUGGUGCAGAGGAUGAACAAAGGUUUGCAGGAUGAUCUGUAUCGGAAGGGGAAAGUAAUCUUGCCAGGGUUCAGGUCUGUAAAGUGCCCGGGACAGAAUCACUUCCCACACUUAUAAAAGUGAAUCGUUCAGAAACAAUGUGCAAUAAGGUACUACUGUCGUACUAUAAACAACAAAGGAAUACUUGAAAAUGUAUCUUAGACCAACCUAGUCUUGAGUCUAUAAACUGUAAUUAAGUAGCAGGCAUGAGAGUUCCUUCCUUCCUAAGCCUGAGUAUGUAUAACUGCUUUGCAAAUAGUUAAAGAAAAAAAGCUUCGCUCACGAAAGGUGCAAAGGCACUGUUAGGUAGAAAUACAAUGUAUUGUUGUGGGCAUGACCUGUCAGAAAACAUCAGAGGUUUCUUAUGCCACAUGUACUAGAUGCCAAACUUAAAAAAAACAAAAUUUAACAGUUAAAUCUGACACUAUGAAGCAGCCUGUAUCAUUCAUACACAGAGCUGUCUGCUGAGAGAUGGAUGAUUUUUCAUCAUACCACAGGAUUUUCACAUUCCCCCACCCCCAAAAUAAAAUAAUCAUGGUUUUGAACUGGGCAUGCUAUGAGUAUAAUGGGCCUGAUUCUCAUUUAUACAUUUAUACUCCAUUCUGGAAAGGUAAACGGGCUUUAAAGUGAAUAUAAACUACCAAAGUGAAGGGACCUUCACAAAUGAGAAUCAGGCCCAAUAGCUAGUCAUUGUAUUCAGGUAGUUUCUGCAGCCAGAAAUUAACAAGUGAUAUUUACUCACUUUUAAAUGGAUAUUACUGUACACGCAGCCAGGUUAUUUAAAUAAAGAUAUUACGACUGCACAUAUCUGUCAUGGUGCAUGCAAAUGCUGCAUUCAGGCAAAGGGUGAAGAGAAGAGAAUCUUCUCCUUUCUUCAGAAAGCACUCAUUCUGCCCUCAUUCAGCUUGAGCAGAAGACCAGCAAGAGGGCAUAAAUGAGACUGAAAUGGUGCAUGGGCUUUCUGCCUGGGGGCAGUUUCCCCCUCUGUGCACAUAUGUAGAUACACUCCAGGGGAAUGGAAACAAUGUGCUCUGCUUGCACACAUACAUUUGAAAGCAAGUUGUAAAAAACAGAUUUCUUACAAGGACAUUAUUCAAAAAUAUAGGCCUGCCUUUUCCAAGGAAAUAAGCAUUUUGGAUGGGGAGAGUUCAGAAAUUAGUUGUUUGCCUAUUUUGUUGUAAGCCAAGUUAAAUUCAUUUAUUAUUGCUUUAAAAAAAGCAUGGCAUUUUGUUUUUUGUUUUUGUGAGGAAAAACAAGAUGUCAGUAUUUUUUAAUUCAAAAUUAUGAAGUCUAUAUCCUGGAGACAUUGUAAAGCCUUCAACAAUCUUACUAUGGCUUACACACUGAGACAAUCUCAUAAUUUCAUUGUAAAAACACAGCAUGGAUAUUCUCUAAAUCACUUCUAAAAUCCACCUGGAUGUUAAUGCAUUUAAAAAAUGUUUUCUCUGACAAGAGUUCAGUUUU